AUGGUGAAACCCUUAGCUUUCAAGGGUGAUAGAAAGUCCAAGAAGCGCAAGAAUCCCCACCCAGACAGCUGCCUGACUCUUGAAGACGGCGAUACAAAGGCUCUCACUGUACAGAACCUGGCAGCCGAAGCAGAAGAAGAUGAUAGCUGGGUGACAGCAGAGGCAGCAACAGAUGUCACCGGACCUAUCAUGUUUGCUCUACCUUCAACGAAGCCGACUUGCAUCGGAUGUGAUGCAAACGGCAAAGUUUAUACGAGCGAACUUGAGAACAUAGUCCAUGGGGACUUGGCUACGGCAGAGCCUCACGAUGUCCGGCAGGUUUGGAUUGCAAGCAGGGUUGCAGGCACCGACGAGAUUAGCUUCAAAGGUCACCACGGACGGAUUGGUGUGCUUUCCGCGACACGCGAAGCUAUAUCCCCAGAGGAGUCAUUUCUUUGUAUUCCGUCUCCUGAGACACCUGGCAUGUUUAGCGUCCAAACCGCGCGAGAGAAAUUCAUUACUAUUGUUGAUGAGAGCAAAGUACCGGAGAUACGUGGCGACGCAGAGUCAGUAUCCUUCAACACGACUUUACGUAUACGAAUGCAGGCGCGGUUCAAGCCAAGACUCAAGGCCAACAAAGAGUCGAAGACUCGGGAGAAGAUUAGUAGGAAGGAAUUGGAGGAAGUGGUGGGCAGAAGAUUGGAAGAAGAUGAGGUGAGGAGAUUGAAGAAGGCCCGGGUGCAGGGUGAUUAUCACGAAGCCAUCCUGGACGUGAAGGUAAAGGGAAAGCAUGACAAGUAUUCGUGA